AUGGCCAUCCACACCGAAGCCACUCUGGAAGAAGAAGACAUUCCAGGUUCCAAUGUCACCCACUUGAGCGAGUGUGAGUUGGCCACAGACCAGGAAGUCUUGACAGCCUUCCAGACCUGCCAGAGGCUGUCGAGGACAAUGCCCAAGGACCAGUUCGCCAUGUACCAACAAGCAGCUGGCAUCACCCACAACCAGCACUCCAUGCUGCUGGACCAGGCAUUGUUGGACCAGAACAUCUUGCGCCCAGUUUCUGGCUACAUCCAUGAUUGGAUGCACACCAUGGCAUCCCAAGGUGUCAUGCAGAAGUCCAUUUGGUUGCUGCUUUCCACAACCAAUGCAUGGGACCACAUGGAAAGCUUUCUCCAACUCUGGACCAUGCCAGGCGCAUUGGCCAAGGCUGGCAAGCUCCAUGACCUCUUCACUCCCAAGAGAACCAAGUUCUACGGGGAGAACCAGAGGUUCAAAUGCACAGCCAGUGAGUGCUUGGGCCUCACCACGCUGCUCCAGUACAUGGUCCAGCGCCUUUGGCUGCCAGCAGGGAUCCAGGUGGACCAGUGCCACAGCUUUCUGGCCAUGGCCCAGGUCCAGGAGAUGCUCCAAGCCACCCACAUGGGCACAGUCCAAGAUGCCCUCACCAUCUUCAAGCGUGCUGGGAACGAGGCCGCCAUGGUGCGGAAGCACCACUGGAUGCUCCAUCUGAGCACUCAGCUGGAGGCCAUGGGGUUCCUUCCCAACUGCUGGCCACUGGAAAGAAAGCACAAAGUCGUGACCAUGUACGCCACCAACAUGAUGAAGAUACCAGUCUUCAGCCAGAGCCUGCUCGAAGAAGUCUUGGCCCAUGACAUCCAUGCUGUGCAGACAUCGGACAGCUUCGAGGAAUCUGCCCACCUGGUCCAGAAGCGACACCCAAGUGCCCAGCUCCACAAGUACCUCUGCGAGUCUGUUUUCAAGGCAGCCAUCGCCAAGGACCAUAUCUGGACAGCUGCCGCUGCCAUGCUGGAGACAGGGGGCCAGGUGCACCAGAAGGAUUAUGUCUUGAUCCAGCAGGAAAACCAGUGGGGCUGGCAGAUUGCCAAGGUUGAGUGCCAUUUCGAGGCCGCGGAUUUGGUUUGUUCUGUGGUCCGCACUUCUGACCUUGUCGAGUACGAUGCGGCCACCUACUCAGCUUUGGCCCAGGACACAGCGUCUUUCCACUUCGUUCUUACUGAAAAGAUCCUGUGUCCAGUUAUCUGGGCUGCAGAGGGCCAGCGAGUGAGAAUCUUGAUUCCUUGGUCCUUUCGGCCUGGCCAAAAGAUCGCAUAUUUUGCAUGGAUGUUAAGAGCUCAUGACACAGUGCAGUUUUCUUCCUUUUCCCCAGCACAACAGUGCUUCCAUCCCCAGCACGACAGUGCUUGCAAUGCAUCUCCAGCACAUAAGUGCUUCCAUCCCAGAACAUAA